AUGGCUUCUCCUGAUCUCUCUGUGAUUCUCCCUCGUGUUCUCAUCGUCUCCAGACGUACUGUUCGCAAGAACAAAUUUGUAGAUUUUGUUGGUGAAUAUCAUCUUGAUCUUAUAGUUCGUUACGGUGCAGUGCCAGUUAUUGUACCUCGAGUUAAUGGGGUGCAUAUGUUAUUAGAUAGCUUUGAGCCGAUUCAUGGUGUUCUUCUUUGUGAAGGAGAAGAUAUUGAUCCGUCGUUAUACGAAGCUGAAACGUCAAGUCUUUCACCGGAGGAAUUGGAAGAGAUCCGGCGACUGCAUGCAAGUGAUACUGCAAUCGAUAAAGAAAAGGAUUCAAUCGAGCUAAGGCUCGCGAAACUUUGCCUGGAAAGAAACAUACCUUAUCUGGGAAUUUGCAGAGGGUCCCAAGUAUUAAAUGUUGCCAGUGGAGGUUCCCUUUACCAAGAUGUAGAGAAGGAAGUCUCAAAGAAAUGCUCUGAAAACCAGAGAGUUGUGCACAUUGAUUAUGGUAAUUAUGAUGGGCACAGGCAUGCGGUGAGAGUGGUGGAAAAAACUCCUUUGCAUGAUUGGUUUAAGGAUUCUUUGGAGGAAGAAAAAAUGGAGAUCUGGGUUAAUAGUUAUCACCACCAAGGUGUUAAGAGAUUAGCUCAACGUUUUGUGCCAAUGGCUUUUGCACCUGACGGUUUGAUUGAAGGGUUCUAUGAUCCAGAUGCUUAUAAUCCUGAAGAGGGUAAGUUCAUAAUGGGACUCCAAUUUCAUCCUGAACGAAUGAGGGAGCCUGAUUCAGAUGAAUUUGAUUAUCCAGGAUGCCCAUCUGCAUAUCAGGAAUUUGUGAAGGCCGUAAUAGCUUAUCAGAAAAAGCUUAACAGUAAUUCAGCUCGUGUCCCAAAGCCCCCAAAUCUAAACCAAGAAAUUGAGAACAAAAGAAAAACUAUAAUCAAGAGUUUCUCCUUGGCAAGAGACAUGUAUAUGUCUGGCCGUGUCAUGAAUCCAUCAAAAGAAUCUAAACUAAUUCAAGCAGGGGCAGAUUUUCUUGAGUCAAACACAGCAUUCAGUUUGCAACAAGAGAAAAGGCUGAAGCAAAUGGGUGCAACAGUGAGGAAUGCAAAUUCCUACCUGGAGAGAUUGAAAUUGAAUGAAGAGAGAGAAAGAAUAGCUCGAAAUGUGAUGGGGAAGAUGUCAGUGGAGAGGUUAUCCGAUCUCAUGUCUUUCUACCUGAUGAUGAGCCAGAUAUGUACAGAAGUGAUGGAAAGAAAGCUUCAUGGUUUUGUCAAUAAUGAAAACGACUCUUCGCACUCAUGAGGAGGCAGAUGUGUUUCACAAUCUAUGUUGUCAAUUAACGUCGGUUCUGUUUGUUUCUCUACUAGGAGACUUUAGGUUACAGCGCAUUUUGGCUGAAUCCAGAGUCAAUUUGGUUGAGGAUUCACAGGAUUCUUGGCGGAAAGUACUGGAAAGGCCGAAUCUAUAUGUAACUUUGUGUGUUUGUUUUAUUUUUUAUUUCCUUUUUGCAGCAUUGAGAAUGUGAAUGGGUGAUCAACAG